AUGGCUGCGAUCACUGAGAAUGAUCCAAUGGCUGUGAUCACUGAGAAUGUACACACUGAAAAGUACAUUGAUGUUGCCAAAGAUGUUCAUGACAUUUGUGUCAAGAGCGAUGGCGAAAAUACCAUUGGUGAUGGAACUGAGAAAAUCUCGAUCACAGUUUCCAAAGAAGAGUCUGAGCUCAAACCUGAAUCCGAGUUAGAUAUGCAGAAUCUUGUGGCAAUGUUCAAGAAACUGAAUCCUUUGGCAAAGGAGUUUUUCCCUUCUUACUACAACACCAAGAAGAACAAUCAUACUGGGAAAGACAAUCAAAUUCUGUCGGUUGACGUGGCUAAAAAGAAUCAAUCUGGUGAAGAAUUUGAUCAUGAUCUCAAGAAGGAUGACAAUAACCGGAAGAAAAGAAACGGUUAUAGCCAAGGGAGGAGGAGGUUAAAUGGAAGAAUUUCUAAGGCUGAGAGAGAGGAUAGUAUUAGAAGAACAGUAUAUGUUUCUGACAUUGACCAGAGUGUGACUGAGGAGGGUCUUGCUGGCUUGUUUAGUAACUGUGGACAAGUUGUUGAUUGUCGUAUUUGUGGGGAUCCACAUUCAGUUCUUCGAUUUGCGUUUGUCGAGUUUGCUGAUGACCAGGGUGCACGGGAAGCUUUAAGCCUUGGAGGAACAAUGCUUGGGUACUACCCGGUGAGGGUUUUACCCUCCAAAACUGCUAUUCUUCCAGUGAAUCCAACAUUUCUUCCCAGGUCAGAGGAUGAAAGGGAGAUGUGUUCAAGGACAAUCUAUUGCACAAAUAUCGACAAGAAGGUUUCUCAAGCUGAUGUGAGAAACUUCUUUGAGUCUGCAUGUGGUGAGGUAACUCGCCUAAGGCUUCUUGGCGAUCAACUGCAUUCAACUCGCAUAGCUUUUGUUGAAUUUGCUCUGGCAGAUAUUGCACUUAGGGCUCUCAGUUGCAGCGGGAUGGUCGUUGGAUCCCAGCCAAUUAGGGUAAGUCCAUCAAAGACACCAGUGAGGCCACGAAUCACUCGACCACCUUCCACAAACUAG